AUGAAAGUAAAGGUCAUCAGUCGGAGUGCGGGCGAUUACAUUCGCGAGACGAAAAAUGAUAUUCACAAACAAUACCGCAACUACGAUCCAGCACUCCACCCGUUUGCGGUUAAUCGAGAGUAUCAACGGGCGGUAAAUGCCGUCAAGUUGGACCGCGUCUUUGCAAAACCGUACAUAGGCUCGCUGGACGGCCACUCCGACUCGGUGCAGAAGCUGGCGAAACAUCCGCAAAAACUCGGCGUCCUCUUCUCCGGCGCUUGCAAUGGCGAAAUAAAGGCCUGGAACCUGACCAAUCAUCACUGCAUGAGGACGAUCAAGGCGCACGACGGCAUAGUGCGCAGCAUCUGCAUUCCCGACCACGGACGGUACUUCUUCUCGGUGGACGACAAUCAGAACAUCAAACAGUGGGACCUUUCCUUCCUCGAGGAGACGGUGCUGGAGAUGGACACUGAGAUGCAGACGCGUCUGCAGUACACCGACGAGACACCGAUGAACACCAUCGUGACGCGGAACCCGGUGUACUACAUGGACAACCACCGGCACAAGCCCUAUCUGCUCACCUGCGGCCAAGGCGUCGAUCUGUGGGAAGAGAACCGCACGGCGCCCCUCAAGUCCUGGCAGUGGGGCAAUGACACCAUCAACCACAUUCGCUUCAAUCCCAUCGAGUCGGACAUUGCCGUGGCCGCCGCCACCGAUCGCAGCGUCAUCCUCUACGACAUUCGCAAGCCCGAGCCGGUGCGCAAGGUGGUCCUUGCGCUGCGCUCCAACGCCAUUUGCUGGAAUCCCAUGGAGGCGUUCGUCUUUACUGUCGCCAACGAAGAUUACCAGCUGCACACUUUUGAUAUGCGCAAGCUGGCAUUCCCGCUGCAAGUGCACAAAGAUCACAUCUCUGCUGUGAUUUCGCUCGAUUACUCUCCCACGGGACGUGAGUUUGUGUCUGCCGGCUACGAUAAGACAAUUCGCAUAUUCAAUUCGCGCGAACGUCGAAGCCACGAAGUGUACCACACGAAGCGCAUGCAACGCCUCACUGACAUCGUCUGGUCGAUGGACAGCAGAUACAUCAUCAGCAGUUCGGACGAAAUGGACAUUCGCAUCUGGAAGGCGCAGGCUUCCGAAAAGCUGGGCUUUAAAGCACCAAGAGAACAGAGCAAUUUCCGCUACCAGGAGAAGCUGAAAGACAAGUUUGCUCAGCAUCCUGAAGUUAGACGAAUCGCCAAGCAUCGCUAUGUGCCCAAGCACAUCAAGAGUGGCCAGAAGGAGCUGGAGACUAUCAAGGCAUCACAGACCCGAAAGGAUGCUAAUCGUAUGCUGCACAGCAAGCCCGGAACGAAGCACAAGCGAGUGCUGGAAGUUAAGAAGCAAAUUGUUCGUGAAGAAUCAUAG